CUUCUUGUAGGUUUGCUCAUCUCUGACACCUGCAGGCAGCCUAAAAAAAAGGACAAAACACAAAUGACUCACACGUUCUUGCAUGUGCUUCUGAUUGACAUUUAAUAAAACAAACAACAAAAACAAAACAUUAAUUCAACUGUUAAUUAUUUCAGACACGAAAAAAGAACGCCCUCCCCUCAAAAGCAAAAACAACAUUUCCCUUCAGAGUCUUUAUAUUAGGAUCCAUAUUUGAAAAAUAGUAAUGAGGGCUGAAAAAGUGUAUUUGCAUUUCCUGUCAGGAAGUCGUCAGACACACAUUCUGAAGACGACGGCAGCUUGUACAUACGUAUAGAAAAUGAAUCUUGUUCUUCAGUGUGUUAUUCUCCUGUUCUUAUCAUUUCAAUAUGAAGCAUCCAGAGCUGUGACCUCUGUGUUUGUGAAGAAGGGAUAUGAUGUACAGCUGGAUGUUAAGGAAGAUGAUGUUCCUGAGGAUUUCUUAUUUUUUGCAUGGAAAUUCAAUGGAACAAAUAAUUUAGUAUCAUUUGCAAGUAAUGGAAAACCAAAAGUUUCUAAUAUUUACACUGGAAGAGUUGAGUUUUUAAAUUACACUGUAAAGUUGAAGAAUGUACAAGAGACAGACAGUGGAGUUUAUACUGCAGUAUUUACAGAAGAUAAAGACCAAACAGCAGCUAUUUACAGUGUCACAGUUCAAGCUCCAGUGUCUCCAGUUAAUCUGACUGUGGACUCAGUGUCCAGCAGCUCAGACUCCUGUAACCUCACUGUGACCUGCAGGACACAGGACUCUCACAUCAGCACCACUUUUACAUGUGUCAAUCAAACCUGCAGUGAAGAUGGAGACGGAUCAAAAGCUACAACCUCUGCUGCUGAUCUUCGUGUCUACCUUGAGAAUGACUCCAUCAACUGUAACCAUAGCAACCAGGUCAGCUGGACCACAAACCAAGGAGCACCAGAGAUACAGAGUUUCUGUUACCAACAGGCCAAAGAAUCACGGAGCCAUGUGGCUGUAUUUGUUUUUGUGCCUAUUGUCAUCAUUAUUGGUAUAAUUAUAGCUGGUCUUUGUUAUAUGAAGAACAGAAAAAAGAAAAUAUUCACUGUGGAAAACACAGUGUAUGCAGUUACUAAUGUUCCUACAGGUCAAACUCAGCAAAGGUUUUCAGUCAGUGAUAAUUCAAACCUUCCUUCAAACUCCACCUACUGCUUCGUCGGGUCUCACGCUGGAUCCAGCAGAUCUGAGACCAGCCAUGCUCUGCCACAGAGCGUGUAUGCUUUGGUGGAGGGACCAGGCGCUCAUCACCCCUGACACUCUUUAUCCACUCCAUCAUCUUCAUCAUCAUCUCUGUUACUAUUUUAACAUCUUCCACCUCUUCCCUCCCCUCAUCAUUUUACCACCAAGUUUCUUCAUCUAUAAAGAAAGACAAGUUACCAUUCGAAAUAAUAAUAAUAAUAAUGUUUCUGUUGGAGUGAAUGUGGAUGUUUGGAUAAAUGUUUAAAAGCAGCAUGAAUUACAUUCUAUUGAGUGUGUUAAGGCAUCUGAACCAAGCGCUAACAGGUAAAACCAAGUCUAACCGUGUCAUGACAGAAAACUGACGUCGUAAAGCUGUGUGUUUAUUGUCAUUUUAUUUAGUUUGACCAGUGAUUGUUUACUUCACUUCAGAGAUUGUUUACUGACGCCACUUUACCAAGUAAUGCAGAUUUUGCACUAUUUUGGUUUAGUAAUUGAAGUCACUGCAGAGUUUAAGGCUCUUGAAGUGUCAUAUUUACCUCAUGGAGAAACAGACUGUUACUGAAAUUAACUUAGUUAUGUGUGUAAUUUUAUAUAUGAUUUUUAUAGGAUCCAGUUUGUAUUUUUGUACUGUACUUUAGAUUUAUUAUGUUCAGAUGUUUAGUUUUUUAUGAAUGAUAAAGAUGAAUUUCACUUCAGGGAAUCAUUAGUGUCAGUAAAGUGCUUCAGUACCUGAUCUUACUGUACCUUAUGUAGUGUUACAUUUACACACUGGCCACUUUAUUAGGUACAGACACACCUGAUUCAGUCCAACACAGUAACUGCACUCUGUUUUUAGCCGUCAGAAGAGUGAUUGUUAUUGAGACUAUUAAAACAUGGUUGCUAAUGCCAUACUGGUCUGAAACAUCCAUCAAAUGUUCCAAUCACAAUGUGAGACACAGAUGUUAAUAUGAGCUGAUGGCUUUUUCUACUUGAUUUCCUCCAUGAGAUGCACAGUGAUGACAGCAGACACCACGUUUGAUGAUUUUUAAUGUACAAAGUUUAAAAGCUAA